GAGAAUUAGAGGACAAGACAACAACAACAACAUCAUCAUCAUCAUCAUCGCUGCCGCCCAACUCCUUCGCUCCGUCCUCCUGCUUUAACCUCUCCCUCAGGUCCCUCUUUUUCUUUUAGUCCUUCACUCCCCACUCUCUUCGUGGUUUUCGUGUUUUAGACCGUCGCAAUGGCUGCUACCGGAUCCCCCAAGUUGGACAAUGUCGUCCCCAUCGCUCCCCCGGCUCCCCAGAUGAGCGGACUCCAGCUCUACUCCAGAUUCGCCUUCGCUGGUGCCGUCUGCUGUUCGGUUACUCAUGGUGCCCUCACUCCUGUUGAUGUUGUCAAGACAAGAAUCCAACUCGACCCAGUCACCUACAACAGAGGCAUGAUUGCUGGAUUCAGACAGGUCGUCCAGAAUGAGGGUGCUGCUGCCCUCAUGACUGGCUUCGGUCCUACUGCCGCCGGUUACUUCUUACAGGGUGCACUCAAGUUCGGCGGAUACGAAUUCUUCAAGAAGCAAUCUAUCGAUCUCCUUGGCUACGAGACGGCUCGCGACAACCGCACUGCCGUCUACCUUGCCUCUUCUGCCCUCGCUGAGUUCUUCGCCGAUAUUGCCCUCUGCCCCCUUGAAGCCACCCGUAUCCGUCUCGUCUCUGAGCCAACCUUUGCCUCUGGUCUCCUCGGCGGUUUCAGCAAGAUCUUGAAGAACGAGGGUGUUGGCGCUUUCUACUCGGGUUUCGGUCCUAUCCUCUUCAAACAGGUUCCAUACACCAUGGCCAAGUUCGUCGUCUUCGAGAAGGUCUCUGAAGCUAUCUACGGUCAAUUGGGCAAGGACACUCUCUCCGACGGUGCCAAGACUGGUGUUAACCUCACCUCCGGUUUGAUCGCCGGUCUCGCUGCCGCCAUUGUUUCCCAGCCUGCCGACACUAUGCUCAGCAAGAUCAACAAGACCAAGGGAUUGCCAGGAGAAAGCACUGUCUCCCGCCUUAUCAAAAUUGGCGGUGAACUUGGCCUCAAGGGUUCUUUCAGCGGUCUUGGUGCUCGUCUCUUCCUUGUUGGCGCUAUCACUGCUGGUCAAUUCGCUAUCUACGGUGACAUUAAGAGAGUCCUCAAUGCCACUGGAGGUGUCGAGUUGGCUAAAUAAACGGGCUUUCUGAUGCCUUUCGCCCAAACCUCCCACCAUAUCCGACGAUACCAACUUUUUUUCCCGAGUUAAAUUAGACCACUGUCCCAGCUGCUCCUAGGUUUUUGAACCUGGUUUUCUAGAUUUGUUCCCUAAAGAAAUCGAUGCGCCAGCAGUUGCUUUUUCAAAUAGAGCUACUACCCCCCCAAGUGAUUGUACCGUUACAUGUAUGACCACUUUGUACAAUUCGGACACCUUUUCUUCGAAAACAGUUUGUGCAUCUGAGGGCUGGAUUGCAUUGCAUGUGGGAUAGAUUCUUGUUUUGGACUCAAAAGAUACUUCUUGUGUGCACAAAAGACGCCUUUUUUUUGAUAGAGCUUUGAUCUACUUUGUUGUUUGGUUCCUUUUUUUUUUUUUUUUUUUAAUUAUUUUGGAAACGUUCUUUAGCAAAUUAAUGACUUCGUUUAUG